AUGCUGACUGGGAGGCUGUGCUGGGUGCCGCUCCUGCUGGCGCUGGGCGUGGGGAGCGACAGUGGCGGCGGCGGCGGCGGCGGAGGGGGCAGCCGGCGGCGCCGCCUCCUCGCGGGCAAAGUUAACAAGCACAAGCCAUGGAUCGAGACUUCAUAUCAUGGAGUCAUUACUGAGAACAAUGACACGGUCAUUUUGGACCCACCACUGGUAGCCCUGGACAAAGAUGCACCAGUUCCUUUUGCAGGAGAGAUCUGUGCCUUCAAGAUCCACGGCCAGGAGCUGCCCUUUGAGGCCGUGGUGCUCAACAAGACCUCGGGCGAGGGCCGGCUCCGUGCUAAGAGCCCCAUUGACUGUGAGCUGCAGAAGGAGUACACGUUCAUCAUCCAGGCCUACGACUGUGGCGCGGGGCCCCGGGAGACAGCCUGGAAGAAGUCGCACAAGGCUGUAGUCCACAUCCAGGUGAAGGAUGUCAAUGAGUUUGCUCCCACCUUCAAAGAGCCAGCCUACAAGGCUGUGGUGACAGAGGGCAAGAUCUACGACAGCAUCCUGCAGGUAGAGGCUGUCGACGAGGACUGCUCCCCCCAAUACAGCCAGAUUUGCAACUAUGAAAUUGUCACAACGGAUGUACCUUUUGCCAUUGACAGAAAUGGCAACAUCAGAAACACCGAGAAGCUGAGCUAUGACAAGCAACACCAGUAUGAGAUUCUGGUGACUGCUUAUGACUGUGGACAGAAGCCUGCUGCUCAGGACACCCUGGUGCAAGUGGAAGUGAAGCCAGUUUGCAAGCCUGGCUGGCAAGACUGGGCCAAGAGGAUUGAGUAUCAGCCUGGCUCGGGGAGUGUGCCCCUGUUCCCCAGCAUCCACCUGGAGACCUGCGACGGGGCCGUGUCCUCCAUCCAGAUCACCACAGAGUUGCAGACCAAUUACAUCGGGAAGGGGUGUGACCGGGAGACCUACUCUGAGAAAUCCCUUCAGAAAUUAUGUGGAGCCUCCUCUGGCAUCAUUGACCUCCUGCCAUCCCCCAGUGCUGCCACAAACUGGACCGCAGGACUGCUGGUGGACAGCAGUGAGAUGAUCUUCAAGUUCGAUGGCAGGCAGGGUGCCAAGAUCCCUGACGGGAUUGUGCCCAAGAACCUGACGGACCAGUUCACCAUCACCAUGUGGAUGAAACAUGGCCCCAGCCCUGGCGUGAGGGCCGAGAAGGAAACCAUCCUCUGCAACUCAGAUAAAACUGAAAUGAACCGGCAUCACUACGCCCUGUACGUGCACAACUGCCGCCUGGUCUUCCUCUUGAGGAAGGACUUCGACCAGGCCGACACCUUCCGCCCUGCGGAGUUCCACUGGAAGCUGGACCAGAUUUGUGACAAAGAGUGGCAUUACUAUGUCAUCAAUGUGGAGUUUCCUGUGGUUACCUUAUACAUGGAUGGAGCAACAUAUGAACCAUACCUGGUGACCAACGACUGGCCCAUUCAUCCAUCUCACAUAGCCAUGCAACUCACAGUCGGCGCAUGCUGGCAAGGCGGAGAAGUCACCAAACCACGGUUUGCCCAGUUCUUCCACGGCAGCCUGGCCAGCCUCACCAUCCGCCCUGGGAAAAUGGAGAGUCAGAAGGUGAUUUCCUGCCUGCAGGCCUGCAAGGAAGGGCUGGAUAUUAAUUCCCUGGAAAGCCUCGGCCAAGGAAUAAAGUAUCACUUCAACCCCUCGCAGUCCGUCCUGGUGAUGGAAGGUGAUGACAUCGGGAACAUCAACCGCGCCCUGCAGAAGGUCUCCUACAUCAACUCCAGGCAGUUCCCGACUGCGGGUGUGCGGCGCCUCAAAGUCUCUUCCAAAGUCCAGUGCUUUGGAGAAGACGUGUGCAUCAGCAUCCCCGACGUGGAUGCCUACGUGAUGGUGCUGCAGGCCAUUGAGCCACAGAUCACACUCCGGGGCACGGACCGCUUCUGGAGACCCGCCGCCCAAUUCGAAAGUGCCAGAGGGGUGACCCUCUUCCCCGACAUCAAGAUUGUGAGCACCUUUGCCGAAGCCGAGGCCCCAGGUGACUCGAAGACCACAGCCCCCAAAUCAGCAGUCUUAGAAGAAAUGCUUCAUAACUUAGAUUUCUGUGACAUUUUGGUACUGGGAGGGGACUUGGACCCAAGACAGGAGUGCUUGGAGCUUAACCACAGUGAGCUCCAUCAGCGACACCUCGAUGCCACCAACUCCACGGCAGGCUAUUCCAUCUACGGUGUGGGCUCCAUGGGCCGCUAUGAGCAGGUGCUACGUCACAUCCGCUACCGCAACUGGCGACCAGCUUCCCUCCAGGCCCGGAGGUUCAGGAUCAAGUGCUCGGAACUCAAUGGGCGCUACACCAGCAAUGAUUUCAACUUGGAGGUCAAUGUCCUCCACGAGGUCAGAGCCUCAGACAAGGAGCACGUCAAUCACCUUAUCGUGCAGCCUCCCUUCCUCCAGUCUGUCCAGCACCCCGAGUCUCGGACUAGCGUCCAGCGCAGUUCAGUGGUCCCAAGCGUCGCCACGGUGGUCAUCAUCAUCUCCGUGUGCAUGCUAGUGUUUGUGGUGGCCAUGGGCGUGUACCGGGUCCGGAUCGCCCACCAGCACUUCACCCAGGAGACCGAGGCUGCCAAGGAGGCCGAGAUGGACUGGGACGACUCUGCGCUCACUAUCACAGUCAACCCCAUGGAGAAACAUGAAGCACCAGGGCGUGGGGAAGAUGAAACUGAAGAAGAGGAGGAGGAGGAAGUAGAAGAAGACGUAAGCUCCAGCAGCAGCGACUCAGAUGACAGCGACGAGGAGGAGGUGGAGGAAGGGAUGGGCAGGGGCAGACACGGGGAGACUGGAGCCAGGCAAGCCCAGCUGGAGUGGGAUGACUCCACCUUCCCCUACUAGGGCCCAGCUGUCUGCACCCGACCACCUGUCCCUUUUGUAAGCCACACCUGAUGUAUGUGAGUCUAUCACUGUCACCUCUGAUUUUGAUGACACUCCAGGCAGGCCUCCCCCAGCCUCCUAGAACCCACCCUCCAUCCCUUGGGCACUCCCUGUGCCCCAGCCCUGGGGGGCGUUCCAAGAAGCCCAGCACAUCCUCAGUGGGGACUUCGGGGUAGGCUUUGUCCUGCAGUCCCCACUGCUCCUGCCCUGGGCUCCUCUAGUGUCCCGUCAGCCAGUCUGCAGAGUUCUGACUUUGCUCUUCUCUGCAGGGGAGAAGGUCAGCCCUUAUGGCAGUCACCUCCCGGGCUCUGUGUUCCCAAGGCCCUUGGGUCCCUACCCGCCAUGUGUGCUCCUGACUCAGCAGUCUCCCCACAUAGACCAGCAGGUUCUCUGGGCGGCUUCAUUCAGCAGGGUUGUCAGACUGCACACACCUGAUAUCUUGGUCCUUAACUUUAAAGGAGAGUCUUUGUUGAAGCUGAAUUAAGUUCACAGGGAGAGGUUCACGCACUCAUGCACACAGGCGCACACUCUCCCAAGUUUGGAGGUCCUUUCCCUUUGACCUUUCUGAGGCCAUAUAAAGCUUAUUAUGAAAAGUACGAAACCUUAGGCGCAGCAGGGCCUGGUCCCCAGCCAAAGCUCUCCAAGUCUGCCUGCCUAGGCAGCCGCUGAGACCCACAUAGCUUCCUUGCGGGAGACUCCCACCCAGUGAAACCACAGGAUCCAGGGAGCCUUCCACACUGGCUGUGCUCCAGGAGACCGCUGUGAAAGGCCUGCAGCUGGGGGUCGGAAGGAAGGGCUGAGGAGGUGAUGCCACUGGGCUUCAUGGUGGACGCAGGUCUGGGGGACAGGGUGCCUGGGCUCUCCCGGGCCAGAGGGCAGCCCAGGCGGACAAGACUCCUGCCACUAGUCUUAUGAUCCUUGUCCCCUAUUUCACACUGAU